AGGCGCGGGCAGCGGGCAAGAUGGCAGCCGCUCGGAGCACCGCCUCUUCCGUCUCGCCGGGCGUCGCACGAGGCUAGCUUGAAGGGGAAGUGAGUCAGUGUCCGCCAAGCCAGCCGGCUCAGGCCCGCGUCCGCCGCGGCCCCGUGAGGCCCCGAAGGCCCCGGCCGGGCGGCGGCCAUGGCCGGGGGGCCGGGCCCGGGGGAGCCCGCGGUGCCCGGCGCGCAGCACUUUCUGUACGAAGUGCCCCCCUGGGUCAUGUGCCGCUUCUACAAAGUGAUGGACGCUCUGGAGCCCGCCGACUGGUGCCAGUUCGCGGCCCUCAUCGUGCGGGACCAGACGGAGCUGCGGCUGUGCGAGCGCUCCCGCCAGCGCACGGCCACCGUCCUGUGGCCCUGGAUCAACCGCAACGCGCGCGUGGCCGACCUCGUCCACAUCCUCACGCACCUCCAGCUGCUGCGUGCGCGAGACAUCAUCACGGCCUGGCACCCUCCUGCCCCCCUACUUCCCCCAAAUGCCACUGAUCCCAAGCCCAGCACCGUCUCUGCCCCCUCUGAGGCCGAAUUGUGGACCCCCCGGAAGUCACAGCCCUCUACCUCCACCCUCCCCUCGGCAGCUCUUCCAGACUUCCAGCCCCACUCCGGGCCUGAUGUCUGCCCGGUCCCAAGCUUUGCUUCCCCUUGGUCACCACUGCCUCCUCCGGCCCUUUCCUCCACCAAGCCAAGCCCAGAGAGCGCAAUGCCCUUCCUGCAGAGGGUCCACCCUUCCCCUUUCUGCUGGCCCUUCAGUGAGAUUUCCCAAGGCACCCGAAACUUCUCCAAGGAGCUCCUGAUCGGAGAGGGUGGCUUUGGGUGUGUGUACCAGGCAGUGAUGCGAAAUACCACCUAUGCCGUGAAGAGGCUGAAAGAGGAGGCUGACCUAGAGUGGUCUGUGGUGAAGCAGAGCUUCCUGACGGAGGUGGAGCAGCUGUCCAGGUUUCGUCACCCAAAUAUUGUGGAUUUUGCUGGCUACUGUGCUGAGAAUGGAUCCUACUGCCUUGUGUACGGCUUCCUGCCCAAUGGCUCCCUGGAGAACCGUCUCCACCUUCGGAACCAGGCCCGCCCGCCCCUUUCCUGGUCUGAGCGACUGAACAUCCUUGUGGGCACAGCCCGUGCCAUUCAGUUUUUACAUGACUACAGCCCCAGCCUCAUCCAUGGAGACAUCAAGAGUUCCAACGUCCUUCUGGACGAGAGACUAAUGCCCAAGCUGGGAGACUUUGGCCUGGCUCGCUUCAGCCGCUUUGCAGGCGCCAACCCCAGCCAGAGCAGCACCGUGGCCCGGACCCACACAGUGCGGGGCACCCUGGCCUACCUGCCUGAGGAGUACAUCAAGACAGGCCGGCUGGCUGUGGACAUUGAUACAUUCAGCUUUGGGGUGGUAGUGCUGGAGACCCUGUCUGGCCAGAGAGCUGUGAGGACACACGGUUCCAAGACCAAGUACCUGAAAGACCUGGUUGCAGAAGAGGCUGAAGAAGCUGGAGCGGCCAUGAAAAGCACUCAGCCCAGUGCCCAGGAAGGUGUGCCCACGGGUGCCUGGGCAGCUCCCAUUGCCGCCCAGAUCCUGAAGAAGCACAUGGACGUCAAGCCUGGGCCAUGUCCACCUCAGCUGGGCUUGGCCUUGGGUCAGCUAGCCUGCUGCUGCCUGCACCGCAGAGCCAAGAAGAGGCCCCCCAUGACACAGGUGUACAAGCAGCUGGAGGGGCUGCAGGCAGCAGCAGCAGCAGAACGUCCUGGCGAGCCCGAGGGUGCCAGCCACGGCCCCCCAUCCCCCCAGGAGAACUCGUAUGUGUCGGCCACUGGCAGUGCCCAGAGCCAAGGCAGCCCAUGGCAACCUGUGCUAGGGCCCUUGGGCGACCCAGGCCAGGCUUCGCAGCCACUGCAGGAAGUCCCCAAGCAGCCUGUGGAGAGUGACGAGAGUGUGUCCGGCCUCUCUGCUGCCCUGUACUCCUGGCGCAUGGCGCCAAGCUGCCCCCUCGGCCCCGGGCCCGUCGGGGGGGCUGACUGCACCCCAAGGAGCGCCGCUGGAGAGUCAGGCUGGGAGAGUGGCCCAAGUGUCCGGCCCACAGCAGUGGAAGGGUCACCUCCGGACAGCCAAACGUCCUCGCUGUCCUCGGGGUCGCCGCAGAUCGUCAUCAACCCAGCCCGGCAGAAGAUGGUGCACAAGCUGGCCCUGUACGACGAUGGCAUGUUGGACAGCCUGCAGCUGCUCUCGUCCAGCUCCCUCCCAGACUUUGGCCUGGAGCAUGAAAGCAGAGCGCGGCCUGAGGAGAGUGAUGAAUUUGAGAGUUGAAUUGUUUACCUGGGCAGAUCCCCUAGAGUUGGAAGUUAAGUUCUCACGGUGCACAAGGCCCUCGGCAGCCUGCACGCGGCACAACGGGGGGCCGUCCCGGCAGGAGAGGAAGCUGCUGAGAGCCCGGCUGGUGUGGGGGGGGCAAGGCCAGUGUGUACAGGUAGCCGGGGUCCAGUGGUGUGGGGGAGCUGGACCCCCUGAGCGCUGAGCAGGGCAUCUGCAGCCCUGCGGAAUUGCACUGAAGGCCCGAGGGGAAGCAGCAGGUGGGACCGCCCCUCCCCAGCCGCACUAGCACUGCUGCCGCUGCACUUGAAGCAGACGUUUCUUGUCGUUGAGUUCACUCACAAGUCGAGAACGCUGAGGCUCCCACCCGAGUCCAGCAGCAGCCCUGCCUCGCGCUGCUGUGUGCACACUCACACCUGCGGGUGAGCCCGAGGAGAACACUGCUCCCGACGCCAUGGCUGGAGCGAAAGGGCUACGACCCAAGGCCAGAGCCUUGUGUUACCACAGCAAUUUGAAGCCCAAAGAAAACAGAAGUGGACAGCAAUGCAGUAAGAGAAGGCAACAGUUUCAGGGGGGAGGGGGGUGUGACUCAUGUUUUUAGAACUAAGGCAGGUUUUGUGUAACUGAAUACGUCCUGAGAGCUUUCGCGAUGAUUGUGCGUUCACAUCAUGAGUCACACUGUGUGCCCCAACCGGCUAGGCAUUGUUGAAGUUCAAGUUGUCAAUGAGCUAUAAAAAUGUAUGUUUUGGUUGAGUAAUAAAAACUUAUGUUUUG